ACGCAUGGACUAUAAUAGGAUGAACUCCUUCUUAGAGUACCCACUCUGUAACCGGGGACCCAGCGUCUACAGCGCCCACAGCGCCCCUACUUCCUUUCCUCCUAGCUCGGCUCCCGCAGUUGACAGCUACGCGGGCGAGACCCGCUAUGGCGGGGGGCUGCCCAGCCCCGCACUCCAGCAGAAUUCAGGCUAUCCUGUCCAGCAGCCGCCUCCGGCACUGGGGGUACCCUUCUCCAGUUCCGCGACUUCGGGGUAUGCCCCAGCAGCCUGCAGCUCAAGCUAUGGGCCUUCUCAGUAUUACCCUCUGGGCCAACCAGAAGGAGAUGGAGGCUAUUUUCAUACUUCGAGUUAUGGGGCCCAGCUAGGGGGCUUGCCCGACGGCUAUGGAACCGGUGGAGCUGGCUCGGGGCCGUAUCCUCUGCCACAGCCCCCUUACGGGAACGAGCAGACGGCGAGCUUUGCAUCGGCCUAUGCUGACCUCCUCUCCGAGGACAAGGAAUCGCCCUGCCCAUCAGAACCCAGCACCUCCACCGCACCGACCUUCGACUGGAUGAAGGUUAAGAGGAACCCACCCAAGACAGCUAAGGUGUCCGAGCUGGGCUUGGGAGCGCCCGGCGGCCUCCGCACCAACUUCACCACGCGGCAGUUGACCGAGCUGGAGAAGGAGUUCCAUUUCAACAAGUACCUAAGCCGGGCCAGGAGGGUGGAGAUCGCUGCCACCCUGGAGCUCAACGAAACGCAGGUCAAGAUUUGGUUCCAGAACCGGCGCAUGAAGCAGAAGAAACGCGAGCGGGAGGGAGGCCGGGUGCCUCCAGCCCCUCCAGGCUGUCCUAAGGAGGCAUCUGGAGAAGCCUCUGACCAGUCGACAUGCACCUCCCCGGAGGCCUCGCCCAGCUCCGUCACCUCCUGAGCUCCACCUCCCCACCGACUGGGUUCCAGGUCCCGCGGUGCCGCAGUCCAGCCCUCUCCUCCACUCUCCCAGUCCCCGGCCUGGGCUUUACUGC